GUGAACCUGGAGCUGCACAAGCGAACCUCGCCGCCGAUCUCGCCGCAAGACCCCGGCCAACAAGGGCAGCGCGGCUUCCUCAUCCGCAAGUCUUGUCUGCACCCUCGCUGGAAGGGCCACUCCGAAUAUGCCAGCCACCUGAACCACCUGGGCGGCGUGUUUGCACGCGACGAGGGCGAGGGCGACCAGAUCUGCAGGGGCCUGAUCACGCUCGCCGUCUUGGCG